AAAACGGCAAGCGGGCUUUUGACAUCGUCCUUUUUCUGUUACUGCACAUAUUGACAUUUACAAGUUCGCUGAUAGAGGUAGUUACUUAAUAUCACGCAACAUGGAAGUGAAUGAGAAUAGAGUCAGAUGUUUGCAACAGUGGGUAGAGCACAUUAUUCCGUCCAGCAGUGAUAAAGAUGUUCGGGAGUGGCGAACGCUUCUGCAGCUUAUUGAUCUGUGCAAGGAUUCAAGUAUGAGCACUGUUAUCAACAAUGAAGAUAUACCCAAAACGGUACACAAUAUUUUGUCAGAUUUCUUCUCUGUUGAUCUUAACUCUAUUUUCCCGACGAAUGCGGAUGAUAGUCGCGGACCUACUUACCGACACUAUUGUUUUUUGUUACUGGUUUUGACUAUGGGUCUGCGCUUGAAGUCCAAACUAUUUAUGAGUGCAGCAUUCAAGCUUCCUAGCACAAUGCAUUAUCAUAUUGUUGAAAUGACUCAACCUCUUAUUGAAGAUUGCCCAAUCUCGAUGACUUCUUUUGAAGCGUUAAGCUUAGAUUUAGAAAAUCACCCGGUGACGCCCAUUCACCAAAGCAGAAAUAUUAAGGCUCCUUUGACUUGUCCUAUUAUUUCAAAAGUACCCAUAUUACCGUUUGGACACAAAGAAUUAAGUGUAACUGAUCCUGAACUUACUUUUGAUGAUACACAUUCCGGGAAUGAACUUUCCUACAGAUGUACUGGUCACUCCUUAUACUCAUCUCCACAAACCUUUUUUGGAUCUCUUCAUGUCCGCAAAGGAAAAAGCUGUAUCACAAAAUCUGGGUUUGGAAAUGAUUUCGAGUCGGAAAUCGACUCUCCUCUUUACUCAUUAAAAUCAAUUCUAGAGUCACCACAAGUCGUUCCUAAGGGCCAACUUUUAUCCAAAUUGGAUGAAAUUCGAUCCUUGUCUUCUAAGUUAUCUGAGGUCCAGCAUUUAUAUGAAGAAAACAUGUGUGAACUUAGUCGCCUGAGUUCCGAGUUGCAAGCUUCAGAAAUAAGGAGAAAAGAAACAGAGAUCCGCUUGAAGCGACGUGAAUCAGAGUUAAACGAAAUGCGUGAUGAAUUGGCUUAUGAAAUAGAAAUGCGUUCAUUUCACGAACAACGAUCUAAUCUUGUUGAUCAUCUACAGGAAAAUCUGAAUGAUGCUUUGGAAAAAUUAAAGGUAGUUAAUCAAUUGGACAAGGAAAAUCAGGAGCUUCUCAAAGAAAACCGCAACUUGAAAACUAAGGAAAAAGAAUUGGAAAUUAUUCGUUCGCGUUUGUUAUCUCAACAAGAACUUGAACACCAACUUACUCAAAUGAAAGUUGUUGCCCGGCUUGCAGAUAGUGAGAUACAUGAAUUAUUGUGCCAUCGCGAACGACUUCUAGCUAGAUCCGAAGCGGAAUGCGUAGCACAGGCGAAUUCUUUAAUUCGUAACCAGGGUUCUACUUCAGAAACAAUAACUCCUCUGUGUGACAACAGGUGUUAUUCAUGUGAGAACUGUCCUCAAUCUGCGCAUACAUUUCAUCCAAGCUUUGGCAAAGAAUUGCAACUUUCUAAUGCAGAUGUUUCAAACGCAGGUUCUGCUGAAAGUUUAGCUUCUGUGGUGAUGAUAAAUAAUCAGCUCCAGGAUCUUGAGUCAGCUGUUGUUAAGGCACAAACAGACUACCAAAUUAUGAGAAAGAAGUAUAUUGUACAACGAUUUAAUUCAUUGUUCGGAAAACUCCUUGCAAAACACCGUGGCAGUAUAAUUAACAGCUUUCAAUAUUCAUGUGGGGCUUUGACAAGAGAACUUACUGAUCUCAAAUCAAUGAUGGAUACUAGAUUCGAAAAACUCUGUGAAAAAAUUCUGAGUUCGGAAGCAAAGUUGACUCAAGUCAAUAAAGAAGUUACAGAGAUAAAAGCUAAGCAGAUAAAAAUGAUCACUGAAUUAUAUGCUCAGAGAAAACAGCUUUAUAUUGAAAUGGACAAAAUACGAUUAGAAUCUGAGAUUGGCUUUCAUAAUUGGGAAAAUAAAGUGAACUUACUUAAGACUGAAAAUUGUGAAUUGAAUGCCAAGCUUGCAUCUCUUCAUUCUUGUUUUGGAGGCAGUCAUGUAAAUAUUGAUGAAGAACUAAAGAAGAUGAAAGAGGCUGAUAUGGAAGUAUCUAAAUUAAGGCCAAAAUUCGUUGAGGUUGAAGGCAAAUGUGAUGAGUUAAUAACUUUAAAUAAGAAUUUACGUGUUGAGCUUAAUGAUCAAAUUAAUGCCAAUAAAGCGUUCAGAGAGUCUGCUGAAGAAGAGGUAAACCGCCUGAAAGAUAGUCUGGGAAAUUGUGUUUCCAAUUAUAAAUCAAUUAUCAACACUAUGUCGGAAGAGCAUCGUCGUGAGAAAGACCAAAUUAUAUCAAACAUGAAGCAUGCUGAAGAGACUAAGGAUAUUUCUUUACAAGAAACUGCCAAUUUAAAAAUUUUACUAAAUAAUCUCAAAACUGAGCUAAUCGACGAAAAAGAAAAAACUUCUCAGGUUUCAGCCCUAUCUGAUAGAUUUAAAAGUGAAGUAGCCGACCUACGUUGCAAUCUCUCUAAAACAAGGGAACACUUAUUAGAAGUUGAAGAAAGCUUAAAAGUAAAAAAUGACGCAGUUCUAUCUCUGCAAUCAACAAACAAACAGUUAGAGGACAAACUUUCACUGACUGAAACUUCUUAUAAGCUGAAGGAAAAAGAGGUUUGUAGGUUGGUGUCUCAAAUUAUAGAAUUAGAAUCUGAAAAUAAACGAAGUUCUGAUAAAAUUAAUGAGCUCGAAAACUUAGCUAAGUCAUCCAGUCAUAUCCAAUUGGAUCUGGAGCAUCAUUUAGAAACCCUGAGAAUUCAACUUAACGAAAUGGAAAGUGGAUGGUUGUCUACGCGUGCACAGCUGGCUGAAACAAGGCAACAGUUAAUUAAGACAGAAGAACUACUUCAUGAUACGAGGUUGCGUCUUUUACGAGCAAACUAUGAAAAAGCUGAAGUUUUAGAACGCUUAACACUAACCGAACCAAAGAAUGGAAGAAGUAAACAAUAUAUUUUUCUAAAAUUUCAUUUCAUGUGUUCUACAUUUUCUAUGAACACACUAACUUCGUCUUACGAGUGUAAUUUUUUAAGAAUAUGGAUAAAGUAAUUCAGUUUACCGGUAAAUUAAAUCAUGAAAAAUAAUCGCAUAAGUUCAAGGUCCUGGAAUAUCUAUCCAGCAGUACAAGUAUAUCAUUUCUGAGACUUGGUAGGCCUAAUUACAGAAUGUAUACUAGUAGUCUGUUAGCGCUCUAACCACAACUUACUUAAGAUUUGUUUUAGCUAACUGUUUGCAAUCACAAUGAAGGCUAAAAUGGAAAUUUAGUAUUAAACUUAACCAGCAUAUAAACACCGAGUUAUCACGAAAACUGUCCAAGUAUCAUAUUCAUUUUGUUCUGCACUGUAGAAACUAAUAACAUAUUUAUGCUUUAGAGCUUGGGCAAAUUCAAUACCGUCUGUGAUUGCUCACGUUGUCAAUAACAUAAGACUAAUACGAGCGAAUGUAAACUAGAUGAUCAAACAAUAUUAGUUUUUACGGAAUAUCAAAAUAUAAAUGCAUUUUCACUGUUAUGAUUGACCCCAGAAGAUUUAGGAACCUCUAAAUGCUUAUAUACCCAGUCCUAGAAGACUUCAAACUCCGUAAAGGACUGGAGUAUUAGUUUUUAAAUAUAUAAGUGUGUUUAUUUUUUAAAAUAUACUUCUGUUUCCAUAGAGAUAUACGUCAGUCAUAUUCCAAUUCACUCAACCUAUCAGUAUGUAUAUCCUCACACAUCAGUUGCCGAAAAUGACUUCCUUACGCCUGUUACCACUCAUGGAUAAGCAUAGGCCACCCACCGGGAUUCUCCGUCGAACUCUGUUCUGGGCAAAUCUCAGUUUGUAUUUAUUCUUUUGAUGUCUGACUCCUGUUCCUAGCACAAAGUGUUGCUUAGUCUUCCUCUUUUCCUUUUCCCUUCAGCAUUCUAAGUUAGCGUUUUUCUCGUGAUGCAACUUGAUAUUUUCCUCAAUAUAUGUCUUAUCCACUUCCAGCGUCUUUUCCUAAUUUUUUCUUCAGCUGGAAGCUGAUUUGUUCUUCCUCACAGUAGGUUGUUGCUGAUAGUAUCCGGCCAACGGAUAUUGAGUGUCUUGCAUGGAAAACUGUUUAUAAAUUUUUGUACCUUUUUGAUGGUUGUUUCAGCUCCGUACAAUAGAACUGUUUUGACGUUCGUAUUGGAGAUUCUGACUUUGAUAUUAGUUGACAGUUGUUUUGAGCCCCAUAUGUUCUUCAACUGUAGGAAUGCUGCCCUUGCUUUACCAAACCCUUCAUUUCCGCUAGUAUCAGAUCCUCCUUCUUUAUCGAUGAGGCUCCCUAGAUAAGUGAUAGUCCCCACCUCUUCCAGGGCUUCCCCAUCAAAUGUGAUUAAGUUCAUGUUCUCUGUGUUGUAUUUCAGGAUAUUGGUUUUUCCCUUGUGUAUGUUGAGACCUACUGCCUCAGAGGCUUCUGCCAUUUAUUAUUUAUUUAUUUAUUUGAACACAUGAAUAUUAGUACAAGAGAGCGCCAAUAUAUAUGCGCCACACAAAACAAUGAGAAUUCGAAGAG